CACCACCAGACCUCCUAUAACCUACCUCUCUCCAGCAUCCUAAUCCCAAUCCCUACAACCAACCUCUAUAACCUACCUCCAAUCCACCCACUUCAAAAAAAAGAUGGACCCCCUAACCCAAGCUCUCACCAAAAUCGACACCCUGCAUUCCCUCGACCCCACCAAAACCACCCCCACCAACACCCCCUACGAACUGCACUACGCCCAAAAAAUGACCAGCUAUCUCUACAAACACACAUCCAACCCCUCCCCCACGCUCCAACUCGCCAUCCGCGCCCAACACCUCAAACGCUGGGAAGUGCCGCGCGCCUCCUACCCAGCCGGAAAAGCAGGCUACUAUGCAUGGCGCACGGGACUCGCCCGCCGCCAAGCCGAAAUCGCAAUGGGAGUGUGUCUGGAGAGUGGGAUUGGGGAGGCGGAUGCAGCGCGCGUGGGCGCGUUGAUUCGCAAGGAGGGAUUGCGGGGCGGGGAGGAUGCAGAGGCGCAGGUGUUGGAGGAUGUAGCGUGUUUGGUGUUUUUGGAUGAUCAGUUGGAGGGGUUUGAGGGCGCGUGGGAGGAGGAGAAGGUCGUGGCGAUUUUGAGGAAGACGUGGGGGAAGAUGUCGGAGCGGGGAAGGGAGUUGGCGCUUGGGAUGGAG